AUGAACAUCUCACGCCCCAUCCCGUCGACCAUCACGAGUCUUUCCUUUUCUUUCCUCACCACCGAAGACAUUCGCCGCAUCUCAGUCAAGCAAAUAGUCAACCCCGUCUUGCUCGAUGACCUGAACAGACCAAACCUUGGCGGUCUUUAUGAUCCUGCUCUUGGGCCUUCCUCAAAGGAGGAUUUGUGCUCGACAUGCCACCUGAACUACUUCGCCUGCCCAGGCCAUUUCGGCCAUAUCGAACUUCCCAAUCCCGUAUUCCACCCCCUCUUCAUGAUGAACAUGUAUAACCUCCUCCGGGCCACAUGUCUCUUCUGUCACAGAUUUAAAAUGAGCCGACCAACGCUUUUGAAAUACCAGGCAAAAUUGCGCUUACUUGAAGCAGGACAGUUGGAGGCUAUCCAGAUGAUUGACGAGAUGAACAUCGUUACCAAGACGGAUGAAGACGCAAUGGACGAUGACGCCCCUGGCGAAACCGUCGAUGCGUAUGAAGCCCGCCUGGAACUCUACAUCAGGCUCACGCUCUCGCGCGCAUCAGGAAGCAAGAGAGAUGCGUACAAAGACAGCCUGGUCUUCCAAGCUCGGAAGGACCUGAUCAUGGAAUUCUUGAAGGCAGCCAUUGUGAAGAAGUGCACUCCCUGUGGCGCGCACGGUUAUACUUUCCGCAAGGAGGGCCACACGAAAAUUAUUGAGUAUGAUCUCACUCCAAAACAAAAAGCUAUGCACGACGCACUUGGUCUUCGACGUGCCAACGUUCUUCACGAAAUCCAUACCUCCAAAAAUUCAUCCGCACCCGACUCCUCUACAGUGGAAGACCCGGACGUCGAUAUGUCCGAAGACGAAGGUGCUGGCGACGCUACAUUCUCCGACGACGAGGAAUCCGAUUCCGCACAACAGGAGGACCGCGUAGAAGGUGUGGCCCGAGCGGCCAAUGGUAAAAUCAAAGGCGCCCGCGGUCGUAACGAGCGCAUCAUGCCUCCUUCAGAAUGCCGCGCCCAUCUACGUCGUCUGUUCCAUAAAGAGGCGACGAUGUGUGCUAUGCUCUAUGGACGGCAUGGGCCCCUUGCACCCGUCAAUGCCGCAGGACUAUCUAUGGCCUCCGCGGAUAUGUUCUUCAUGGAGGUCGUACCCGUUGCGCCUACCCGUUUCCGUCCUCCAGCAAUCAUGAACGAUACGAUCUUCGAACAUUCACAGAACGAGCUGCUUGGCAAGGUUCUGAAUACGACUUAUAGGCUGCGGGACGUGAACGAGAGUUUGAAGGUGGCGUCGGUGAAGGAGGAGGCGUUCAACGAAGAGGAGAGGAGGAGAUUAUUGGGGACCCUGUUGGAGACAUUGGUGCAGCUGCAGAUCGACGUUAACAGUUUUAUCGAUAGCAGUAAGAAUCCGGCACCGGUGAAGCAGGGGAAAUUGCCACCUCAGGGUGUGAAGCAGGGGUUGGAAAAGAAGGAGGGGUUGUUCCGAAAACAUAUGAUGGGUAAACGAGUGAACUACGCUGCUCGAUCCGUCAUCUCUCCGGACGUCAAUAUCGAGCCGAACGAGAUCGGUAUCCCACCUGUAUUCGCUCGAAAACUUACAUUCCCCGAACCUGUCACCACUGCCAACAUCCACGAAAUGCGGCAGCUCGUCAUCAACGGGCCUAAGAUAUACCCAGGCGCUUCGAUAGUCGAGUAUGAGGACGGCAGCCAACAGUUCCUCGAUAAACUGACGGUUGAGCAAAGAACGGCCAUCGCGAAUCAGCUCUUGACGCCACAGGGUAACACCAACGGUCGAUCCGGCUUCGGCUUGUCUACGCGGACAGCGUCGGUCAACAAGAAGGUCCAUCGUCAUCUGAGGGACGGUGAUAUGUUGAUAUUGAACCGACAGCCUACGUUGCAUAAACCGAGUAUGAUGGCGCAUAAGGCGAGGGUGUUGAAGGGCGAGAAAACGAUUCGAAUGCACUAUGCUAAUUGUAACUCGUAUAACGCUGAUUUCGAUGGUGAUGAGAUGAAUAUCCAUUUCCCCCAGAACGAGGUCGCACGAGCAGAGGCCAUGCUCAUUGCCAACACAGACAACCAGUACCUCGUCCCGACUUCGGGAAAGCCUCUCCGUGGUCUCAUCCAGGAUCACGUUGUUGCCGGUCUUUGGAUGACGAACCAGGAGACGUUCUUCACCCGUGAAGAGUACUUUCAGCUCCUUUAUGGAGCACUACGGCCUGAGGACGAUACGUUCCAUGAGAGUGGGAGGCUGAGGACCUUGCCGCCGACGAUAUGGAAGCCAAAGCCUUUGUGGACCGGAAAGCAAAUUAUCUCGACCGUCAUGCUCAACAUCACUCCGACGCACUCACAAGGGCUCAACCUCUCCGCCAAGGCCAAGGUCCCUCAAUCGGCCUGGGGACCCGGCUCGCAGGAAGGCGAAGUCAUUUUCAUGCACGGCGAACUCCUCUGCGGAACACUGGACAAGUCCGCCUUCGGUGCGAGCGACUACGGUCUCGUGCAUUCCGUCUACGAGCUCUACGGAGCUGACGUCGCCGGCCGUCUUCUCGGUGUCCUCAGCCGCCUCUUCACCAAGUUCUUGCAGCAUCGCGCUUUUACUUGUCGUAUGGACGAUCUCACGCUCACGGACGCGGGUAACGCGAAGCGAACGGAGUUGAUCAGGAAUGCAGCGAACUUUGGUACGGAGGGUGCGAUGGACAAUUUCCCUUCGCUCGCGGAUACGCCUGCGCACGAGAAACAUGCCGCGCUCACGAGAUUGCUCCGGGACGUUCUUCGCGACGAUAACAAGAUGGCCGGGCUCGAUAUGACCGUCAAGACCAAGCUCGCGAAAUUGACCAAAUCCAUCGCAGACGCCGUCAUGCCUAACGGACUCUCCCGCAAAUUCCCGCACAACCACAUGCAGGCCAUGACCCAGUCCGGAGCGAAAGGUAGCGCGGUGAAUGCUCAGCAGAUCUCGUGCGCGCUCGGACAGCAGGAGCUCGAGGGUCGUCGAGUGCCGGUGAUGGUGAGCGGUAAAACGCUCCCUUCGUUCAAGCCUUUUGAAACGAAGGCCAUCGCGGGUGGAUACGUCGCCAGUCGGUUCUUGACCGGCGUGAAGCCCCAGGAGUUUUUCUUCCACUGUAUGGCUGGACGGGAAGGUCUCAUCGAUACGGCUGUCAAGACUUCGAGGUCUGGGUACCUCCAACGGUCGCUCAUCAAGCACUUGGAGGGCAUUCGCGUGCAUUAUGAUAAUACUGUGCGCGGGAGCGACGAUUCGGUCUAUCAGUUCCAUUACGGAGGGGAUGCGCUGGACGUGACGAAGCAGAAGCAUUUGUACCAGUUCGCGUUUAUGGCGCAGAACUUCAAGUCUUUACUCGAGAGGCUGCAGAUCCAUAGGCCACAAGGUGUGAUAGAUGAUAAGAAGGCAGUGAAGUAUAUGAGGAAAGUGUUGAAGAAGUCGGCGGAGAGGAAGGAUAAGGACACGCCGGCGAAGAGGGACGCGUUGGAGACGCCGAUGGAGAAGUAUAGCCCGGCCUUAUUUUUGGGCGCUACGUCGGAGAAGUUCGCGGAGAAGUUGGAAGCGUAUAUGAAGGCGAAUCCUGACGGGUUAUUGACUGGCGCUGACGACGAAGACGAGGAAGAGGACGAGGAUGCGGAGAUGGAGGAUGGGACGGCAGAGAGAAAGAUCAAGAGGAGAGAUCCGCUAUUAGCGCCGAAACAUUUGAAGAGCUUGAUGCUUUUCAAGUAUCUGAGGAGUCUGGUAGAGCCCGGAGAGGCCGUGGGUUUAUUGGCUGGUCAAGGUGUUGGGGAGCCAUCGACCCAGAUGACACUCAACACUUUCCAUUUUGCCGGUCACGGAGCAGCAAACGUCACCCUCGGUAUCCCCCGUCUCCGAGAAAUUGUCAUGACCGCCUCAACAAAGCCCAAAACCCCUUCAAUGACAAUGACCAUCCCGGCCUCCAUCCCCAUUCCCACCAUCGACUCCUUCUGCAAAAAAGCAUCCCGGUUGACUCUCGCACAAGUCAUCGACGUCGUCACCGUCACCGAAUCGUUGAUCGUGAACCCCAACGACCGAACUACGCGUACGAAACAUUUCACCAUCGACCUUGCGUUUUUCCCUCCGUCAGAAUACACAACGGAAUACGACGUUACUCCGAAAGAUGUCUUGGCGGUGUUUAGCGCGAUGUUCCCGUUGAUUUUGAGGAAGGAGAUCGUGGCGGAGAUGAAGAAGUUGGACGCAGAUCUGAAGAGCCAGAUGGCAGAGCUGGGGAAGGGAAAGAAGCCGAGUGGGGAUGGGGCCCCGGGUGCUGGAGACGACGAUGGGGAGGUGGACGAUAGUGCAGAGCCGAAGGGGAGGAGUGGAAAGGACGAUGAUGAGGAGAGUGAAGUUGGCGAUGGGGAUGCGUCGGGAGAGAAGAGGAGGAGACAGGCGAAGCAGGUGGCGACGUAUGAGUCGGACGAAGACGAAGAUGAGGAUGCAGGAAGUGAGGGUGAAUUUGGGGAUGCAGGCGUCGAGGCUGCAUAUGCAGAUAAGGGCGACAGUGAGGACGAGGAUGGUGACGGAGAGAAGAAGUCGAAGAAGUCGAAGAAGUCGAAGGUGUCGGGGUCAUUGAAGGCGGCGGUGGCGAAAGUCGAACAGGAUUUCUUGCAACAUUUCCCGCAGGCUACGUCUUUCAAGUUCACCGAGUCUGGGAGCACAAUUGAGCUUGAGUUCGGCUCUGACUUGCCCAAACUGCUUCUUGUUGGCAUCGUUGAGCGUACUUGCGUCAAGACUAUCGUCCGCGAAAUUCCCCAUAUUGCAGACUGUUUCCGUGUGCGUGAGGACAACAAGGAUGGUCGCGUUAAGGUCACGACAAACGGCUCGAACUUCAAGGGCAUGUGGCGUUUCGCCUGCAGUGGUGUGGAAAGCAUGAUCGAAGAGGACUCAAUCUACUCGAACGACAUCUACGCCAUUCUGAUGACUUAUGGAGUCGAGAUGGCUCGUGCGGCCAUUGUGAGAGAAAUGAGUGGCGUGUUCGACGUGUACAAAAUCGACGUCGACAGUCGCCAUCUAGAGCUCAUUGCUGAUUACAUGACAUUUGAGGGCGGCUACAAGCCGUUCAACCGAAAAGGGAUCGGGAUGCAUCCAUCACCAUUACUAAAAGCAUCCUUCGAGACGACAGCAGCGUUCUUGUCGGAGGCAACCCUCUACGGAGAUUUCGAUGAUCUUACGACGCCUUCAGGCAACCUAGUCGUCGGGAGACCCAGUCUGAGCGGGACGGGUGUGUUUGAUGUGGUUACACCGUUGAGUCCUGUUGGCGUCGUGGGAGCAUAGGCUUGAGGGUCUGCAGAAAUGUACUUUUUGUCUUGGGAUGGGUUCGGAUUCGGGUUCUAUUACUCGCUUUGUGUUGCUUGUCCUAUUGCUGUCUCCGAGCAUGCUAUUUAAU